CAAAAAGCAUUGUUUCUUCACUAUAUAUAUUUUCUUAUCAAAACAAGAGGGGAGGGAAAAAAAAUCAUUCUCAAAAUACAAAAGAAUUUAAUUUUGAUAUACUGAUAGAGUAUGGCUAGAGAAGGUCUCGGAUUUGAAAUCACGGAGCUAAGGUUAGGUUUACCCGGCGAACCUAAAAGUUUGGUGAGUACUAAUAAGAAUGAGAAGAAGAGAAUGUUUUCCGAGAUUGAUGACAACGGUGAGAAAGAGAAGAAGAGUAACACUGGGGGCAACCUGAAGACUACUGAGUCGAAGGCUCAGGUCGUAGGGUGGCCUCCAGUGUGCUCGUACCGGAAGAAGAACAGCAUGAAUGAGGCUACAAAGAUGUAUGUGAAGGUUAGCAUGGAUGGUGCUCCUUUCUUGAGAAAAAUUGAUUUGGGAAUGCAUAAGGGAUACUCUGAGUUAGCCUUGGCCUUGGAGAAGCUCUUUGGUUGCUAUGGAAUGGGGGAAGCAUUGAAGGAUCCAGAGAACUGUGAACACGUUCCCAUUUAUGAGGACAAAGAGGGUGAUUGGAUGCUUGUUGGAGAUGUUCCUUGGGAAAUGUUUAUGGAAUCAUGCAAGAGGCUUAGGAUUAUGAAGAGAUCAGAUGCGUGGCAAAUUGAAAAGACAUAUAUAGAGAUAGAUGAAAUUAAAGAAAAAAAUGUUUAGUCUUCUAAUUAAUUAAUGUUGUUGUGCACGUUUUGAUGAUCAUGAUUAUUAUUAUUUUAUUAUUAUUUUAUA